UGUUUUAAAUGCUUUUCUCCGGGGCAUGUCAGUUACAACUGUGUUGUGGACGGUUGUCAGACUGCAGAUUCAAAGCGAACGGAGAGAAUUCAGGAAAACUAGAGAGCCUUGUGUUGAAGGAGGUAAAUACGGGGCUCAUCAACGACACCUCCGCUGAUGACAUUGAGUCUGUUUACCAUUAUUAUUGUGAAUCAGCAGCAAAAGACAAGACCGUGAUCUUCCAAAACUCAUUGAGAACAGCACAAAGUGAAGAUUUGUUCUACACCUCUGUGUUAGUGCAAGAUAAAUUUGAAAUCCAGGGAAUGUUGGAUAGUGGAUCAAUGGCAACCACUCUGUGUGCAGAUAUUGUUCCACAACUAAGAGAUGCAGGCAUAGUUGAUGAAGACUUUUUGUCUCCUUCAGAUGUUAUCUUGGUAGGUUGUGGUGGGAAGCAAACUAGACCAGAGGGCAUCUGUAACUUGAAGCUUGAGUUAUACGGUUUCAGCUUUGUGGUCCCUGUUCUUGUUGUGGAUGGCCAGACUGACCAGCUGAUCUUGGGCACUAACGUCUUGAAACCGUUGAUCAGACAAUUCAAGAACAAUGAUGGUUACUGGAGAGUCAUGAGUAAACCUGAUAAUUCAUGCCAGUCCACCAACAGUCAGUUUUUACGUCUGUUGUCCAAUCUUGAAAGAUGGAGAGGAGAGACUAUUCCAGAUAAAAUUGGGACAGUGAAGCUGAUGAGCGCAGUGACCCUUAAGCCAUUGAGUGAACAUCUGGUAUGGGCUCGCUUGCCACCAGAUUCUAAACUUUCUAUUGGUAGCACUGUUGUUAUUGAGCCCAGCACGUCUCGUUGUGUGCCUCGCAACACACUGGUAGGCCGUGUAGUUUCACCUCUUUGGGGGGAUGGAUGGCUCCCGGUAAAAAUAGUGAACCCAACAACAGCUGAGAUCACUUUGAGGAGGAAUGCUAAAGUAGCAGAUGUCUUCCCUUGUAUAGCUUUGGAGGAUCUUGAAAGCAUCAAGGAUGUUUCUACUCAUCAAAAUGUGGGAGCGCUGCGCCGUGAAAGUUCAGAGGGAAGCCUCACAGCUAAAAGCUUUGUGAAAGGUUCCAGUACAAGCAGUGACAGUAAGUUGACCAGCCUUGGACUUCAGGGCAUAAAUGUUGAAGACUGUCAAGUGUCACCCUUUUGGAAAAGCAAGCUUGUGGACCUCAUUGUUAAGUAUGACACUGUGUUUUCCAGACAUAGCCUAGAUUGGGGAGAAGCACAAGGGUUUUGUCACAGAAUUCGCCUGACUGAUGAUAGACCAUUUCGACUUCCAUAUCGGAGGCUCUCUCCAGCCCACUAUCAAAAACUACGACAAACUUUGGAUGAAAUGGAAGAAAAGGAGAUCAUCAGAAAGUCCAGUAGUGAAUUUGCAUCGCCAUUGGUUCUAGUUUGGAAAAAAAAAUGGUGAACUAGGAAUCUGUGCAGACUUCCGAUGGCUGAAUGCGCGUACUGUGAAGGAUGCGCACCCUCUCCCUCAUCAGGCUGAUGUCCUUGCCGCAUUGGGGGGUAACGCGUUCUUUAGUACCAUGGAUCUGACUUCCGGGUACUACAAUGUCCCAUUGCAUGAAGACGAUAAGAAAUACACAGCAUUCUCCUCACCAUUGGGAUUACAUGAGUACAAUCGUUUACCACAGGGACUAUGCAACAGUCCUGCCACCUUCAUGAGAAUGAUGUUGACAAUUUUUGGUGAUCAAAAUUUUUUGAGUCUUCUUUGCUAUUUGGAUGACGUGUUAGUUUUUGCUAAGUCUGAGGAAGAAAGCCUGCAAAGACUCGAGAUGGUGUUUCAGCGCCUCAGGGCACACAACUUGAAACUGUCCCCAUCUAAGUGCCAGUUUUUAAGGAGAUCAGUUAAAUUUUUAGGUCACAUUGUGUCUGAAGAUGGUGUGGCCACUGAUCCAGCCAAGGUGGAAGCGAUUGUAAAUGUGACAGAACAGCAGCUCAUGGAAAAUGAUGGUGCCACCCCCUCAACAGAUAAGAUAAGAUCAUUUUUAGGCAUGAUUGUUUAUUACCAACACUUCAUUGAACACUGUUCCACGCUAGCGAAGCCACUGUUUCAGCUUAUAGCCGGUCAGAAAAAGCCUUGAAAGGGCAAAGGUGCCAAGAAACCCUCCCAGACUCGUAGACUCACGCCGGCUGACUGGACCAUUGACUGUAAACAAGCUCUACAAAAUUUGAAGGCAGCCUUGAUUAAUCAAGCGUUGCUGGCACAUCCAGAUUUUUCAAAACCUUUCCUACUGUCCGUUGAUGCCUCCACCAGUGGUCUUGGAGCUGUACUCUCUCAGCUUCAGGGUGGUUGUGACACAGCAAGACCUAUAGCUUUUGCCAGCAAAUCCCUCAAUCAUGCACAGUCGAAAUAUCCAGCUCACAGACUCGAAUUUUUGGCUAUGAAGUGGGCCAUACAUGACAAAUUCAGUCACUGGCUACGGGGACACCGGUUUACUGUGUGGACAGAUAAUAAUCCACUCAAGUAUAUUCUGACAAAACCGAAACUUGAUGCUUGUGAGCAAAGGUGGGUGGCAAAAUUAGCUCCCUUUGAUUUCGACAUUCAGUAUAUCCCUGGAGCUAAAAACAUUGUUGCGGAUGCUUUAAGUAGGGAGCCAUUUGUCAAACCACGGAUCAUGAGCAGACUGACUAGGACUCCCUAUAAGGUAUUGUUGCAUGAAGCGGAGACUUUGAAUGUGGAUGAUGUUCAGGACAUGUUUCGGUUGUCCUGUGAGAUGCCCGAGGCAAACCGGUCUUGUGAGGCUGUUCCUUGCGAUGUUUUGCAUAGCCAACAGUCUAACCCGGUGUUGGGUGACACUGCGGGACGGUUGUCACGGGAAGAGGUAUCUGCUGUGUUAGUCACAUUGUCGCUGGAAGGAAGGUGCUACUCUGAGAGCUGUCUGUCAUGUGCAGCAUCUGGAGAAGUUGAUGGUACCAGGGCCGAACCCGCUACCUGUCUUUUCUCAUGAGGAAUUACUCGAUAAGCAGUGUAAAGACCCUGUCAUUAGCAGAGUGAAGUUCUUUGUAGAGCGAGGGAGGAGGCCAUCUAGGAGGGAAAGGGUUCAUGAGCCCAGAGAAACCAUACACACUCUAAAGCAGUGGGGCAAACUUACGAUACGCAUGGGUAUACUGUAUCGUUUGACGAAACAACCAGCAUCUAAAAAGAGGCUGUUUCAAUAUGUCGUUCCAGCAGCUCUGAGAAAUCAGGUCGUGAAGGGGAUACAUGAUGAAGCUGGCCACCAAGGGCAACAGCGUACUCUGUGGCUUGGAAGGCAAAGAUUCUACUGGGAUUCCAUGGGGAGAGACAUUAAAGAGUAUGUUACACGUUGCAAGAGGUGCAUCUUGGGAAAGUCACCGGAACCAGAGGCUAGGGCGCCACUUGUUUCUGUGACAACAACUGCACCAUUGGAGUUAGUGUGUGUUGACUUUUGGUCUGCAGAGGAUGCAAAUAACAAAUCUGUUGAUGUACUUGUCAUAACUGAUCAUUUCACGAAGCUUGCUUGUGCGUACCAUUGCUCAAAUCAGUCUGUGAAGACAGUUGCCCGUCUACUGUGGAAUAAUUUCUUCUGUAUAUAUGGCUUCCCAAAGCGCCUACAUUCUGACAGGGGAGCAAACUUUGAAAGUUCUCUCAUUGCUGAAUUACUGCUACUAGCAGGAGUCAGCAAAUCACAUACCACACCGUACCACCCAAUGGGCAAUGGGCAGGCGGAACGUUUUAGCAGAACGCUGGGAAAUAUGAUUCGGACACUCCCACCUAGGUCAAAAGCCAAAUGGCCACAGUUGUUGAAUACUCUGGCUUUUGCAUAUAAUUGCACUGUGCAUGAGACCACUGGCUUCCCACCUUUCUUUCUCAUGUUUGGUCGUACCCCCCGUCUACCAGUAGAUGUCAUGUUCGAGAGCGUCAUUUUGGAUGAUGAAACAGUCGAUGUGGAUAGGUAUGUCCAGUCUCUGGGGGAAGAUCUCAGGGAAGCUUUGUCACUGGCUCAGAUGCAUGUAAAACGUCAGCAGAACAAGCAAGCUGAGAACUACAAUCGCAACUGUAAAGGACAGUCUCUAGAUGUGGGAGACAGAGUUCUUCUUGUGAAUAAAGGUGAGAGAGGUAAAAAGAAAUUGGCUGAUCACUGGGAGAACACAGUCUAUGUGGUGGUGAACACGACCGACUCACUGAACAUUUACAGGAUUCGUAAUCCUAGUACGGGACGGACUAAGACAGUUCAUCGCAAUUUGCUAAUGCCAGUGAACUUUUUGCCAGUGCCUUCGUGGGGUGAGUCUGAGCAGCAGGGCUCCUACAGCACAGACAGUAUAAGCCAUAACAUGUCGAUGAUUGAGGGUCAGACUGAUUUGUGCGAUGACAGGACAACCCAAUGGGUCGCUGAUUUACAGGACACUCCAGAGGUGGGACAAAGUGAGGAUGCAGAGGACUGGUCCGGAGAGAAAGGGAGAGGCAGUCUUGAUUUUGAAGAUGUGGCAGGAACCCAACGGGAGGAUGGUCAGGGUGAACCAGUCAUAGGUCUGGAUGAUACAGCCUGCACCGGGUCUGCAGGAAAUUCUCAGUGUCAACCACAUUCAUUGUCAUGUCAUGGUGACACUGAGCAUGUCGAGAUCAGCUCUACAACCAUUAGGUCUCGUAAUAACAUGGUAUCUUCCGUUUCAGUAGAAGACACUUUGCCUCCGAACACUCUAGAGUCAUCUUCACCUUCAUCCAAGGUUACUCAAACUGAUAGAAUACGCACCAGGCUAGGAAGAUUUAUUAAACCAGUGAAUAGACUCAUCCAAACUAUGUCUGCUCAAAGUCUUAAGCAAUUAGUAAACUCUCAUUAAUGAGGUAUCGAGGCAUUUUUUUCUUUUCUUCUUUCUUUCACAUAAACACCUACAUAGAAUAAUCUUUGGGAAGGAGAAAUCUUUUUCUUUAGAUUGUAGUGUCUGUCGUUUUGGACAUGCUGAGGUAACUAGUGCUGUAGUCUGCAUUCAGAACUGUGUACAUGGCAUUGUUUUCUAUAGCCAAAUUGGGGAUUAGCUACCCCUAGUUUGUCUUAAUCCUUAAUGGGAUAGCUUUAUAGCUGAGUGACCACUCCUGGUUUUAUGUUGAGGGGCUACAUCCUAGUUUUGGGAAUUUAUGGAUGUUUUGUUUUUUUUCCAUUAGUGUAUAUAUUGGAAGGUGAUCUAUAUGUGUUGUAGAUCGCUAGUUCAUAAUCUAGUGUAAAACAGUGGGGGAGAAUGUGGCAGUGUGAUGUUGUUACACUAGAUUAUUCACUUAAGGGAUUUUAUUUUGAAAUCAGCAAGGGCUUUUAAUUGUUGGAGCAAUUCAUUGAGGAGAGAAAGGGGGACUAUGAAAUGUAAAAUGCUAUCUGUAAAACUCUUAGUUCUAAUUAUUUUAUAGUUUCUUUUGGCUACUGCAAAUAAUCUAGCUUGAGAAAUAUAUAAAAGAGUACUUUGAUUUACUAGAGCAAGAUCAAUAUGGGCGGAGUUUUAGCAGCCUUUACUUGAGUGGAGCACGGAAGAAAGCUGUAGCCCCACCUUUCGUCCUCUUUGGAAAACGCCACUGUGAGAGAAGGUAUGUGCGCGCGCAGCUCCGUUAUUUUAAGUUAAAACACACUUUGUAUUUUCCAGUUUUUGACCUAAAACGAGUUCAUUCAGUCACAAAAACAUUAUAGCACCCACUGGUUAGGCCGUUGUGCAGUUAACACUCUGUUUUAUGAGGUUUUGAUACGUUUGUAUUCGCUGUUGGCCACGAGUUCUGUUAAGGUGGAAUGUUAAGGUGGAAUGCUAAUUAUGAAGUAGGGAUGCUAAUUGUUCACCGUAUCUUUCUUCUUUUUCUUUUGCUUAAUAUGAUCAGAUUAAACGGGCAGUGCAGGCAUUUGUUUGUUUUUAAAGAAGAGCUGUAACUUUUAUUUUUGCAAUUUUAGGGUUUGUAUAAUUCGGGUAGUGUAGCAGCUUUGUUGUAAUCUGAGUGCACGGUGUUUAACAGGCGCAGCUGAGGGCACGAGAGAGAGAAACUAAUGAAGCCUGUUUAUUCGCCUUUUGUAAACUCUGUGCAGGUGGAGAAAAUAAAUGCUCCCUCAUGUUAAGCUGGUGUGCUAAUGUCAUCACUCCCACAAUGCAUCAUUAAAACCCUACACAACGCAGAAGUAAUCCCGUUACACUUACA